UUUGCUUUUGAAAAGGAAACUUUAUUGACACAGCCCUUGUGCGCAGGAAUCACACAGGGUUGUCCUUCAGUAGAGCGAUCGAGGUAGACUUCACUCAAGUGUAUUCUUGGCGUACUUGGAAUAACAGUACGUUAAAGGAAACCUUACUGCAGUCAACCAUGGCGGCAAGGAUUUUGCCCGUUGUGAAACUGGCCACCAAGUUGACCAUUGCAGGAGGAGCUCUCUACGUGGCCUGUGACUCCGGUCUGUUGGGCAGCAGUGAACAGGGCUCUGAGGCCCUGGAGAAGGCCAAGGCUGCCCUCCCCCCCGCCAUAGACGAAUGGAUGAAGUACUUUGGCCUGGAGGCUCAGCUUCCAACCAUGCCUAAAGUUGAAUUCUCCCCUGUUCAGGCGUGGAACUCUGGGGUGCGGCGGACAAUUUCAACUCUUUCAGAGGCUCCAACAAAAGCAACUGGAUACACAAAUCAGUGUUUGCAGUACCUGAAAGACCUCACCAAGUGAAUAGGAACUCUCUGGACAACCUGACAUUUAUCAAUCUUUUUUUUGAGUUUUUGCACUUGAGAAAUGACAUUACUUCUUUUAAACGUUGUAGCCCCUCCCAAGAAAGAAGAAACACCCAAUAUUAAAGAAAACAGCUAGACAAAAAUGCAGCUGCAAGGAGUGCAGUCUCCUAAAUGGGUAUUGUGGUUCUCUAUAUGAUAGUGGCAUUGGUUGGAAGUUGUACAUAAUGCUAGGAAGCAAAAUGUAUUUUCAUUUUGUGUAUACCACCCGAUUUAAUUUUAUUCAUUGCUGUCUAAUACCACUGCCUUUUGUUCUCAAACCCAAACAAUGUUCUGAAGAGUGUGUGUGUUGUAUAUACGCAGUUUCACCAUUUGUGACUAAAUAAUACAUCCACCUUAAAACACGUCCAGUCUUUAGUUUUGAUUUAUUGAGACAGAGUACAUACUACAUUGAUUGUUGGUCCUGGCUGUACGUUCAAAGAACAAGACCAAACAAAUGUGCAAAAAUCUUUUAUUACUCAUGACAGAAUAAUAAUGACACAAAUGGCCUGUUGAUGCUGCUACAACAACUUCAGAACAGGAGGUUAUGUAAAGCAUGAAAAAGAGCACACACAGUCAAUUGUCACCCCACUCUACACAACACAAACACCACACAGCACCACUAGCGGUGAUGUACAGUUUUUUUUAGUUUUUUUUUCUGUCGGUUAAAGAAACGAUACCAAUUCUGCCACACUGUCACUUCUCUACUGUUGAAAUAAGGUUUGGAUACCUCCAGACACACUGUUCCAAUAAAGCAUGCAGAGUUUUAACAACUAAAAGUAACGGCAUACCUACCGAUUUGACUAGUUUACUGAGGGAUACACGGAGUGACUCGAAGAAGACUGAGAAGGCAAAGACCAAUUUGGCAACUAUUGACAAAGUUGGGAUGAAACCAAUACUGCAAGCAUACGUGUCAUGUUCGCAAGCCAAAGAGACAGUUAUAAAGAAUAGAACCAGAGUUGCUAUCAACAAACUGGUUUGUCAGUUGAUUAUACCCUAUGUUAAAUAUUCAGUUCAUAAUUAAUGUAAAUAAAUGAUCCUUUCACUAAAAGCUGGUGGUGUUUUGGUGAUAUAUUGGUAUAAAUGAGAGUAACCACUACAGGCAACGUUACAAGGCAUUUUACACACGUACAUAUUAAAUACUUUCAUCUGA